AUAAAGGGAUGUUCGUUUCUGAGUUAACUUAGAGCAACUUGUUCAGAACAUUUGAUGCUUGUUAGUUUUCCAUUUGCUGUUAUAAUGAUUUAAGGUCAUUCCGAAUCGAAAUGCAGAUUAGUUGAGAUUGUUCUUUCCGAGUCGCUAGUUUAGUUCGAUUGAAGAAGAUACUUCAAGCGCAUACGUAUGUAAAUGUAUGUUAAAUUAACAAUCACCUUGUAGGUGAUUAAGUACGUUUCAAGUGAAAACAAGCAUCCAAUACGAAUAUUUACCGUGAUCAUAGCAAGAAGUAGUGACUGCCAGCGGAAAAAUUGUUUAAAUAGAAGGAUAUUUUGCAUUGUUAAAAUGCGAAAAGCGGAGUUAACAGGAUUAUUUUCAUUAUUUUUAACUGUACUUAGUGUAUGUGUAGCCAAUAGAGAUCUUCGUGUUGUUGUAGAAUGGAAGGAGAUGGAAUUUAGCUUCCCAACAGAAGCUGAUCGAUCACAAGCUAUCAAAGAUGGUCGCUACGUGCGCGGAAAUAGCGUUCCAAUUGAUGUGGAUGUUCACUAUUUCGGUAAUAGUUUAUCAACAAGAAGAAGAAUUUUUGUUACGAUACCAAGAUUUAGUACAGGGAUACCAAUUUCCUUUGGCACUGUUACAAAUCUUCCCGGUGAGGGUGGUCCGCAAAUUAAAGCUUAUCCAGCAUAUUCCUGGCAUUCAAGCAAUGGACAGGACUGUAAUGGAAUAACGUCAGCAUUUCGUGUCGCAAUCGACGAAUGUGAAAGGCUGUGGAUCAUUGACACUGGACGUAUCGGAGAUGUACAAUCCUGCAUACCCCAACUGCUUGCGUUUGACCUUCGGAACGACACCCUGAUACACCGUUAUAGAUUUCCCCAGUCUCAAUAUGGCACUGGAGUUUCCCUUUUCGCUACUCCCAUUGUUGAUGUUCGAAGCUCUAGCCAAGGUUGCCGGAAAACUAUGGUCUACAUCGCUGAUAUUGACUAUCAUGGCUUAGUGGUCUAUGAUUACGAGGAAAACACAUCGUGGAGAAUUGAAAAUAAGUUGAUGUAUCCAAAUCCUGAUUGGGGAACUUUUACUAUCGCUGGACAGAGUUUUGAUUUAAUGGAUGGUCUUGUGGGUUUGGCUCUUACACCUCAAUCAAGUGGGAGAGAACGCUAUUUGUAUUUCCACGCCAUGGCCGGUGAGGUUGAGAAUCGUGUACUUCUCAGCUUGGUUGAUAACAGGACAAUCUGGAUCAAAUCCUCGAACGCCCGACCAAGAAAUUUCGUUACUAUUGGUGGUCGUGGUACACAGAGUGCUGUGAUGGCAAUAGACAGUCGAGAAAAUAUGUUCUUCGGUUUAAUGCAAGAUAUUGCAGUGGCAAGUUGGAAUAUUAACACUCCGUAUAAAAGAUCGAAUUUUAAAAUUGUGGCCCAAAACUCUGAAACAUUACAGUUUAUAAGUGGAUUGAAAAUUAAACGUACCAAAGUCAAUACAGAGGAGCUGUGGGCAAUAUCGAACCGUUUCCAGAAAGGGUCUACCGGGACGAGAAAUUCACAAGAAAUAAACUACCGGAUUUUAGAAUGUAGUACAGAGGAGUUGUUGGCUGGUGGUUGUUGAACUGUUGAUAACGAAGGUAAUUCAAUUUCUGACAGUCCAGCCAGAAUUGAAACUAAAUACAAUAUUAAGCAUUUUCCCUAUGAUUCAACGUGAAAAACAUUUUUUUUUGAGAAAAUUAUCAAAGUUGAUUAAAGUAUUUAUUUCGUUAA